UGUAUACAGCCAGCGUCCGAUGCGAACCUCUAUACCGGUAUCAGUCGACUACUACACGAUAAACAGCAAAACUUAGCUGUAACCUCCUUUCUGCAACCAAAAACCACAAUUAAAAAAACAACGUUCAAAAAAUACCUUCCACAUUUAAAACCCAAGUUUAGUUCAUCGACGUUCUAUAUUCAAAUAACUUUGACAGAUUUGAAAAUAAAAGUGCGUUAUUUUUUGUUUGUUUGAUUGAAGUUGCGUAUUUUAUUUCCGUGAUUGUUUUGAAUAAAAUAUACAGACUGUGGGAUUUAGUUGUCAAAGAGAACUGAACUUUUGUUGUUUGUGGCAGUUUACGAGUGUUGUAGUGGACCGUCAGAACGAAAGAGUCGCCUCGUAAAAGAUAUCGAAACAGCACCACCAGUGACCGCCUACCAAACAUGGAUUGGGGAACAUCUGAAGUUUUAAACAGAAAGAUAAUUCGCUAACAUGCUGUCAGCCUAUAACACCAGUCCCGACGAUGUGGCGGGACUAGCCAGCCGAUAUGUUCCCGCGGCGAUGUCACUCAACGGGACCACCUACCUAGGUGGAGGAGUUCUCAUACUCACCAAAACCCUCACAGGAGAAUCAGUCGAAGUCAUAGACGAACCCAAAGCCAACAAAACCACAGAUAUCAUCGAUGUCAAAAUAGUACAAGUUGCAUUCUGCAUUCUAUACACCGUCAUCUUCGUUCUAGGUGUGUUCGGAAACGUCCUAGUCUGCUAUGUCGUGUUCAGGAACAGAGCAAUGCAAACAGUCACCAACCUGUUCAUCACGAACUUAGCCCUCUCAGAUAUAUUGCUUUGUAUUUUCGCUGUGCCUUUGACGCCUAUGUACACGUUUCUAGGAAGAUGGGUUUUCGGAAGACUCCUUUGUCAUCUCAUGCCGUACGCUCAAGGCACAAGUGUUUACAUAUCCACACUCACCUUAACGUCGAUAGCCAUAGACAGAUUCUUUGUCAUCAUAUACCCGUUUCAUCCAAGGAUGAAAUUGAACACCUGUAUACUUAUUAUAAUAUUCAUAUGGGUGUUUUCCCUAGUCGUAACUUGCCCGUAUGGCCUCUUCAUGGGAAUACAAACGACAAACAAUAGGACUUACUAUUGCGAAGAAAGUUGGCCUUCGGAUAAAUCUAGAAAAAUAUUCGGAGUUUUCACAACUGUUUUGCAAUUUCUAAUACCGUUUUUAAUAAUAGCGAUUUGUUAUACAUGUGUUAGUAUAAGAUUGAAUGACCGAGCGAGGUCGAAACCCGGUGCUAAGAAUACCAGGAGAGAAGAAGCGGACAGAGAUAGGAAAAGACGUACAAAUAGAAUGCUCAUAUCCAUGGUGGCUAUAUUUGGCAUAUCCUGGCUGCCUAUAAACUUGAUCAAUAUAUUUAAUGACUUCUACGCACAAAUGACGGAGUGGAACUAUUACUUUGUGUCAUUCUUUCUCGCCCAUUCAAUGGCGAUGGCGUCGACGUGUUACAAUCCAUUUCUAUACGCAUGGUUGAACGAAAACUUUAGGAAGGAGUUCAAACAAGUGCUUCCUUUUUUUGAGUCAACUGGUGGCGUGAGGAACAGUUACCAUUCUGGACGCAUGCCAACGCACAAAACUGACAAAAUCUGUAACGGUAAUGAUACGAUACAAGAAACUUUGUUGGCUUCGUCUUUCAACAGAGGGCCGUCGAUAAAACAGCGAAUCUUAGAUGGCAAUGGAAGAAAAGAUAAUGGGGUGGAAGUGGAAAAUAUAAUUUUAGAAGAUAAGACAAUAUCAGCAACUUUUCAUACGAAAAGCGAAAACGUUAAUUUGCAAUUAAUAGAUGAGGAAUCACAACUUAGUGAGCCGAGAGAGACCAAAUCUCCUAUAUAAUUUAACCAAUUUCGUGACAACGAUUUUGAAACGAAGAAUUCAUGUUAUGUAAUAUAGUAUAAAGUAAUGUUACAAGUGUUGAUUGUGUGUUUUUUUACCAUUUUUAUGAAAUAUAUUGUAUAGAUAUUUAAAUUGCUUUGCUUACUGUGAUCAAUGUGUUAAAUAACGCUAUUAUAAUAGACUUAGUUAUUGUAAAUAUUUAAUACCUACUGUAAAAUAGUUUAACCUUUCAUAUUAUUAAUAUAAGCUAGUUAAAACGAAGCGAGUAUCCAAAAUGGCCUACUAUUAAUAUUAUUUUCUAUCUCAAUGACAGUAAAACUGUCAGAUUUAUGUAAAUAAGUAAUUCUUUCUUUGAUUGGUGUUUUUUGAUUAGACUGUUGAGCCCAGUUUCAAACAUCGCAUUUUUUUGUUGUUGAUUCCGUUGCUUACAU